AUGUUCGACAAGUUGCUUCGGAAGAAAGUGAGGUUAUAUUGUUCUUGGUCUUACAAAAAAUGUUAUUUACAGUACUUGGUACUGAUGACUGUGGGUCCUAUCUUUGAGUCAUUGACUUUAAACUUUGAGUCUUUGGACUACGAUCUUGUGUUUACCAAAGCCAGCUUGUUUUUCAUAAAGCCAAUUUGUUGUUUUAAAGGCCUAGUAUUAAAGUUAGGGGUUUAAUAUUGACUUGACCAAACCGUAAUGUAUAUUUUUCAGAAGCAGACUACUGAGCCUGUCAGGGACCACACUCCCAGCUGUCUUUAUUCUCACACUCCACGAUCUUCUAAAAUAAGCUUCUGUUCAGUGUCGUCAGCCCAGAGCGUAGGAUCUACGACUUCUUUGUAUUCUAGACCAUGUACAUCGUCAGUACCUUCAGAUUCCUAUCAAGCACAACUCAGGUUUUGUUGUAGACGAUCUGAAUCUGCUUUGUUGGCCGAGAAACAUCCCAACAAAGUGGCGGUAGGUUGAGAUUACAGUACUUUUUGAGCAAAUUAUUGCCAUUGAUCUAUCUGAUUACUGUGGGUAACACCAGGUUGUACUUUAUAUUUUUAAUGUACGUAUCACAUGUUUGUUGGCAAUUUGUAUAUUGUCCAUUUUUUACUUUUUAUGCAAUUUUAGUUGAUAAUCGAGCGUUUUAAAUCAGAAAAGAACCUGAAGCCCUUAGAUAAGAAACACUUCUUGCUGCCUCCAGAAGCCACUGUCGCCCAAUUGAAACAUGUGAUUGGGUAUGUAUGUAUAUAUAACAUGUUUUAAGUGAAAGCAUACUUUUUGAAGUUCAAGUAUUAUUUUAAAAAAACGGUUGAUAAUUGUAAAGUUUAAAAAAGUUGUGUCCACUUCCCUUAUCACUGGACUGAUUAAACUGCUUUAGAAUCAGGGUUUCCGCGAAAAACAAUUCUGUUUUUCUGCUGAUUCAAAAUGAAAUUCCUGAUGCGACAAAAACAAUCAGAGAGCUGGCACGACGACACCGUAGUCCAGAUGGUUUUCUGUACGUCAAGUUUUCUUCGGAAGACUCGAUGGGAUGA